AGUCAGACGGCAGUCUGACAUCAGGGAUCCAUGGAGCAGUGGAUCUAGCCGCUGCAGCGUAUAGCCACAGUACUCACAAGGAGAGUCGCCUCGGGGUGGUGAGACCCCCCCUCCCUGAUGUCCAGACAGGUGCCGUAGCUGUUGAUGGCACGCUCACUUCCCGUACUCCAUCCGGAGCACUCGUGUUUUAAUGGACACUUAGCAGUAAUGACUAUGAAACAAUUGAAAAACACUGGCAAGAUGAUGAGAAAAUCAUGUCAGCCCAAAGUCAACGCUGAGGAUGCACAAAUAGAUGGAUUGAAAGAUGGAGUGUUCCUUGAGGAGAAAGAAACCAUGUGCUACAUCGCCUGCAUCAUGAAGAUGGCUAAUGCGAUAAAGAACGGUAAGCUGAACUACGAGGCUGCCAUGAAACAGGCGGAUCUACUGCUGCCUGAAGAGAUCAAGGAGCCCGCCAAGGCAGCUAUCACUUCUUGCAGGAAAGUUGCUGACCAAUACAAAGAUAUCUGCGAAGCGUGUUUUUAUUCAACGAAAUGCAUUUAUACGCAGAAUCCGGACAUAUUUUUCUUCCCGUAAUAAAGUGAUGUAAUAAA